AUGUUGUCAAGAAUAUUAUCUGGUGCGAAAAUAGGGGGUAUAAAUACGGGGUUUGGAAUCCCGUUGUUUGCCGCCUCCUCUUUGCGUGCUGGAAGAAUACCACGAGCUAUGAUGGUUAGAUCGGGAUCAGGGCGCCCUGCGGUUGGUGGUGCUGUCGGAGGCGCUAGGUUUGCGUCGUCGUCGUCUACCCAUAACCUUCUUCAGUCUCAGGAGCAGCUUGCCAACAACGAUCUCAACAACACAGCAGCUCAGGCUGAGUUUUAUCGGAGCCUUUUGGCGAAUAACUACCCUCACAUUGUUGUACAGAGAUUUGAAACUCCGGGAAUCGCCUCUAGUCCGGAGUGUACCAUGCUCUACGUCGAUGCGUUGAAUAAGUUGGGCAAGAAGGGCAAAGCAGAACAGGUGCAACGUAGUUUAGUUGGAGCAAACUCAGCAAAUGGUGUCAAUGCUUCAGGCUUAGGUGGUGGAGUGGGUGGUUUGGGGUUAGGAAGUAGUGGAGUUGGGUCCCGUUAUGAACCUGUCCACGUUAUAGUGUCUGAGUCUAUAUUCACCAUUAUAUCCAAAUGGCUCAAGUGGCUUAUCCCUGUGGCCCUCUUGACGUACGGAGCCACGAACGCUUUCAAUUACUUGGUAGAAAACGGUACCAUCUUUAAGAACCUGGAAGUCAACGACAAAUCAGUAGAUGUUUCUCAGUCUACCGUAAGGUUCAAGGAUGUCUGUGGAUGUGACGAGGCAAGAGCUGAGUUGGAAGAAAUCGUUGAAUUUUUGAAGGACCCUUCAAAAUUCACGGGAUUAGGUGGAAAAUUACCGAAGGGUGUGCUUUUAACCGGUCCUCCAGGAACAGGUAAAACUUUACUUGCUAGGGCUACUGCUGGUGAAGCAGGUGUUCCAUUUUUUUUCAUGUCUGGUUCAGAAUUUGACGAACUUUAUGUCGGUGUUGGAGCCAAGAGAAUUAGAGAGCUUUUCACUCAAGCCAGAGAAAAAUCUCCUGCAAUUAUCUUCAUUGAUGAAUUGGAUGCUAUUGGAGGUAAACGUAACCCAAAAGAUCAAGCAUAUGCAAAGCAAACUCUCAAUCAACUUUUGGUUGAGUUGGAUGGAUUUUCGCAAACUGAAGGAAUUAUCAUCAUUGGUGCAACUAACUUCCCAGAAUCUCUUGAUAAGGCUUUAACAAGACCCGGAAGAUUCGAUAAGGAGGUUAACGUUGAUUUACCUGACGUAAGAGGUCGUAUUGAUAUCUUAAAACACCACAUGGAAAAUGUAGAGACUUCUGAAGACGUUGAUCCUUCCAUUAUUGCAAGAGGUACUCCUGGUCUCUCUGGUGCUGAAUUGAUGAAUUUGGUCAACCAAGCUGCUGUGCAUGCAUCUCAGUUAAGUGCACCUUCGGUUUCUAUGAACCAUUUCGAAUGGGCUAAGGACAAAAUCCUCAUGGGUGCAGCUAAGAACAAUAUGGUGAUAACAGAAGAAGCAAGAAAGAACACUGCAUAUCACGAAGCUGGACAUGCCAUUAUGGCUAUGUUUUCGGAAGGUGCUACUCCACUUUAUAAAGCUACAAUUUUGCCAAGAGGAAGAGCAUUGGGAAUUACUUUCCAACUUCCAGAAAUGGAUAAGGUUGACAUGACUAAAAAAGAGUGCUUUGCAAGAUUAGAUGUUUGUAUGGGAGGAAAGAUUGCUGAAGAGAUUAUACAUGGCCCUGAAAAUGUUACCAGUGGAUGUUCUUCAGAUUUGUCAAAUGCGACUAACGUUGCCAGAGCUAUGGUUACUUCAUAUGGGAUGAAUGAUAAGAUUGGGCCCAUCAAACUUAGCGAUGAAUGGGAUUCAUGGUCUCCUAAGAUUAAGGACUUGGCUGAUAACGAGGUUCGUUCAUACCUUAUUGAAAGUGAAGAAAGGACAAGAAAAUUACUUAAUGCGAAGAAUGUGGAAUUGAAAAGACUUGCAGAAGGAUUACUUGAGUAUGAAACAUUGACAAAGGACGAGAUGGAAAAGAUUGUAAAAGGUGAAAUUAUUAAUAAGCAAAAGACUAUAACUAAUACAGUGAUAAAAACUCCGCUGAAAAGUGGAAGGAAGGAGAAUAUUAUCCCGGAUCCAUCAUCAGUUCCUGUGUAA